UUUUAGUCCCACCUUUAAAUCAUACCGUCUUACGAAAACAAUGAGGUGACAUGUAACAAUCCUGUCUAGGGCAAACAGCAGUUUAGUUUAUUUAUCUGUGAAUGUCAACUUUGUAUGACACCGGCGGCUGCAACAUCGGUUAAAUACAAAUAUGCACCCGCAGUUAUUGUGCAGCCGCACAGCUGCGGCUGUUGCUGCCAGGAGGAUGAGGACUAUAUUGGGUGCCGUGUUGGGGAAAGAUGGCUGGAUGUGGAGAAGCCAUGAGAUCAAACUCCUUAACACGUCCUCAGGUGACAUUGUGAAGAUAGGGGAUAUUUCCUACAAACUCAAAACCCCUCGCAAUCCUGAACUGGUUCCUGUCAAACACAUUGCAGACGUCCUACCCCAGGCUGUUGCGCAGCAUCUGCGAUGGAUCAUGCAGAAAGAUCUUUUGGGUCAGGACGUUUUUCUCAUUGGACCCCCAGGACCCUUGAGGAGGACCAUAGCGAUGCAAUACCUUGAGUUGACCAAACGAGAAGUGGAGUAUGUCGCGCUGUCCAGGGACACCACGGAGACCGACUUGAAACAAAGGAGAGAGAUCCGAGCGGGAACCGCCUUCUACGUUGACCAGUGCGCCGUCAGGGCAGCCACUCAAGGGCGAGUUCUGCUUCUGGAAGGUUUGGAGAAAGCUGAAAGGAAUGUUCUGCCUGUUCUCAACAACCUGCUGGAGAACAGAGAGAUGCAGCUGGAGGACGGACGCUUCCUCAUGGCAGCUGAGCGCUAUGACAAGCUGCUGCAGGAACACACAAAAGAAGAGCUUGACAACUGGAAGAUUGUCCGCGUUAGCGAGGACUUUCGAGUCAUCGCCCUCGGUCUACCUGUACCCAAAUACAAAGGUAACCCGCUGGAUCCUCCCCUCCGCUCUCGCUUCCAGGCCAGAGACGUCUACUAUCUCCCUUUUAAGGACCAGUUGGAGCUGUUGUACACAGCAGGACCAAACAUAGCGGCGGAGAGGGUGUCCCAGCUUCUAUCACUUGCCACCACACUGUGCUCCCAGGAAUCAUCGAACCUUGGCCUUCCUGACUUUCCCGUGGACAACCUCCUUUAUGGCCUUCAUUUAUUGAACGUUUUCCCCAUGAUGUCAUCGCAGCAGCUGGUCCAGAGACUUUAUCCUUACCAUAGCAUGUUGGGCAAGGAGGGGUACAGCGCUGUGGAGACUGUGCUCAGUAAAUUUGAGCUUCUGGAUGGCCGCAGCAAGACAUCGAGCAGCACGGUUAUCAGUGCGUCCAGAACAGCAGGCUUGGAGCACUAUGCAGACGUCACCUUGCGCGUUGAAGAUAAAGAUGUUACGAUUCAGGUCCCUGCUGGCACCAAGGAGCCACGACCACCCAACAGUAGCCCCGCCUUCAUCAGCACCCCCAGCCACUCUCAGCUCAUUGCUGACAUGGUGCAGUCGCACAUGGUGAAGGACAUGUGUCUCAUAGGAACCAAGGGUUGUGGCAAGUCAGUGAUUGCGAAAGAGUUUGCCGAGAUGCUGGGUUAUAGCAUCGAGCCUGUAAUGCUCUAUCAGGACAUGACGGCCAGGGACCUCCUCCAGCAGAGGUUCACGCUCCCCAACGGAGACACGGCGUGGCGUCCGUCGCCGCUGGUCACUGCUGCCAUGGAGGGCAAGCUGUUGCUACUGGAUGGUAUACACAGGGUCAACCUUGGCACACUGGCUGUCCUUUCGAGGUUACUUCAUGACCGGGAGUUGGAUCUAUACGAUGGCACCAGGCUUCUGAGGUGGGAUAGAUACCAAGCACUAAAAGAAGAACAAAACUUUACAGAUGAGCAGCUUAAAGAGAGGUCAAUCUUUGCCAUCCACCCGUCGUUCCGAGUGCUUGCCUUGGCCGAGCCUCCUUUUGUGGGCGCCGGUGCAAGCAGCAGUAACAGCAAAGGUCAGCAGUGGUUGGGGCCCGAGUUGCUCACCAUGUUCAUGUACCACACCGUCAGCCCGCUGGCCCGAGCCGAGGAGGUCGACCUCCUGCAGGGACUGUCUCCUAAUGUUCCUAAGGAGGCUGCUGAACAGCUCCUCCACCUCACGCACACUCUGCGACAAACAAAUGACCCCACGGCACAGUCUCUGGCCUCCUCCCUCUCCACCAGACAGCUGCUGCGGAUUUGUCGCCGAAUCUCUCGCUACCCCGAGGAGAGCAUCGCCCACGCUGUCAACAAGGCUUGCCUCUCGAGGUUCCUUCCCAGUUUGGCUCGCGGCUCUCUCCAGAAAAGCCUUGCCAACUGCGCCAUACAAGAGACUCCAGAAUCUGAACACACACGUGACUUUACUUGUAUGGUCAAAGAUGGUACGCUCACCAUCGGCAAGGUUUCUGCUCCUGUAUACAAACCCAAUGAGAAAAUGAAGGUUCCAGAUGUGCUCUUCUAUGAUAAUCCCCAGCACAUCAUGGUGAUGGAGGAUAUGUUAAAAGACUUUCUAUUAGGAGAGCAUCUCCUCUUGGUCGGCAACCAGGGUGUCGGUAAAAACAAAAUAGUGGACCGGUUCCUGCACCUUCUGAACCGACCCAGAGAAUACCUACAAUUGCACAGGGAUACGACGGUGCAGUCACUGACACUGCAGCCUUCAGUCCGAGAUGGUAUCAUCACAUAUGAGGACUCGCCGCUGGUCAAGGCCGUGAAGAUGGGGCACGUUUUGGUGAUCGACGAGGCCGACAAAGCUCCCACGAACGUGACCUGCAUCCUUAAAACCCUGGUGGAGAGCGGAGAGAUGAUUCUGGCUGAUGGACGCAGAAUUAUCUCGGAUCCACUUGAAGCCAAGGGCAGAGCAAACACCAUCGCCAUGCACCCAGACUUCAGAAUGAUGGUGCUGGCUAACCGACCGGGCUUUCCCUUCCUGGGCAACGACUUUUUUGGAGCUCUUGGCGACAUUUUCAGCUGCCAUGCCGUCGACAACCCCAAACCCAGGGCUGAGCUGGCUAUGUUGAAGCAGUACGGCCCCGGUGUUCCAGAUACGACUCUGGAGAAGCUAGUCGCUGCCUUCGGAGAGCUCCGAUCCAUGGCUGACCAGGGCACAAUUGCCUACCCCUACUCUACACGCGAGGUGGUCAACAUUGUCAAGCAUCUCCAGAAAUUCCCCAAUGAGGGUCUGGCUAACGUGGUGCGGAAUGUCUUUGACUUCGACUCAUAUAACAAAGACACGCGCGACGUCCUGAUCGAGGCACUGCACAAGCACGGCAUCCCCAUCGGAGCCAAGCCCAACGCGGUUCAGCUGGCCAAGGAGUUGCCCCUGCCAGAAGCCAAGAUGACAGGAUUCUGGACGAUAAAUCAACAAGGCAAUGCCCGACGCAAACUGCUGUGUCCUUCUGAGACACAUCGCAUUGACAUCAAGGGCCCGGUCUACCUGCGUAUUCAGGCCUAUCCAUGCGACAGGCAGGAGAGCCGUGCGUUAAGUUUCAGCGAGGAAAAAGCCCACUGGCAGAUUCCCAUGAAUGAAGUCAACAUUAUUUGUGAUGUCACCACCAAAGAUGACACUAUCUACGUGGCCGCAUGUAACCCGGUGACACUUUAUUCCAUGAAGGAGCGCGGAGAGGCCAUCCAGUGCGUGGAACUUUACGACAUCUUCCCUAAGACCAUCAGUGGUGUCUGGCAGCCCUUUGUUACCGUGGCCCCCUUGGGAAGUCCGUUAGAUGGGCAGGUGGUGCUUCACGAGCAACAGAGUAACACAGUGCUCCAUGUGGACAUGGCCACAGGCGCAGUACGGAGACUCAUGUUAUCACCGGACAGCGAGCUGCCUCCCAGCAGAGCUUCGAAUUGGUGGAGCAGUAAAGAACCACAGGGAGAAUAUAAAAUGUGCCGCGACUUUGCCCACAAGAACUGGUUGCUCUUCUACAAGACAGACGGCAACCAGCUGGAGGUGCUAGAUGUGCUGGAGGGCCAGGUUCACACCAUCUCCCUGCCCAUCAACCUCAAGUCUGUCUUCCUAGUGGCAGAGGACCGCUGGCUGCUGUUGGAGAGCAACACUGACAAGAAGUUCCUGCUGACCAAGCCCAUGCACAUGGGGGCAGAGGACUCAGGCGUGUGUCAGCUGCACAGCAUCAGCGAGGACGCCGUCAGCUCAGGCCACGGCGUGGCCACCAGCGCAGAUAACGCGUCCGUACCCCAGAUGCUGUCAUGUGAUCAGCUUCCCAACGAGAAUCUCAGUUCUGCCCUCAGCCAAAAGAUUGUCUCCCCAAAUCGCGUCAUGGCUGACACGAGCACCUUCGCGCGCAUCAUCGUGGGCUUCCCGGACCUCAUGUCUCCCAAUGAGGUGUACAGCUUUAAGAGGGCAGUCGAUCUAUCAGAGAUGAACAGCAGCGACGGUGGCGCACACAUGUUCCUCCGAGGUGGCCUGCGGACCACUGCACCCAAACAGAACAAUUGCGUGAGUCUGCUGUCAGCCAAUCAGGUGGUCCGGGCUCUUCCACCGAGCAAGGUGCCCCUGAAGGAGAUCUACCCAAAAGAUGUCACCCCUCCGAUGACAGCAGCCUAUCUGGAAGUGACUGAUCUUAACUCUAAAAAACUUAAAUAUAUUCCUGUCCCGAGGUCAAUGUCCGUGUCACCCUACACUGGUUGGCUGUCCAAGAUGUCGGAGACUGAUAUCCUGAUGGCGCCGCUCAGCACGGGCGGCGUGGUCACGGUGGACAUGGGCGGUUACGUGCGACUCUGGGAAACGGGAUUGGACACGCUGCAGAGAUCGCUGAUGGAGUGGAGGAAUAUGAUUGGCUCUGAGGACGGCAGGCCGUUGCAGAUUACUGUUCAAAGGGACAGUGGCUUGGAUGUGUCUUCCCCAAAACACGGCAAGGUGGACGCUAACAAUGCACCCCAUGUGGGCGGAAACCAGUGGGCAGGUGGCACAGGAGGUCGAGACACUGCGGGGCUGGGUGGCAAAGGGGGCCCGUAUCGCUUAGAUGCGGGACACAAGGUGUUCCAGGUUUCCCAGGCAGAGAAGGAUGCCGUCCCAGAAGAAGUCCGCAGAGCUGCUCGAGAAAUGGCGGAAAAAGCUUUCAAAGACAGGCUGAAGGAGAUCGAUAUGAGCGAGUACGACGCCACCACCUAUGAGCGAUUCUCCAGCGCUGUCAGGAGACAAGUUCAAUCCCUGCGCAUUAUCCUGGACACUUUGCAGGCUAAAGCCAAAGAACGCCAGUGGCUAAAGAACCAGGCUCUGGGAGAAUUGGACGAUGCGAAAAUCAUCGAUGGCCUCACUGGUGAAAGGUCUAUAUAUAAACGCAGAGGAGAACUAGACCCUGAGCCUGGCACGCCGCAGGAAAAGCCCAAGCGUCUGCGUGUGCUAGCCGACGUGUCGGGAAGUAUGUACCGCUUCAACGGCGUAGACGGCCGCCUGGAACGUUCUAUGGAGGCCGUUUGUAUGGUCAUGGAGGCUUUAGAAAGCUAUGAGCACAAGUUCAAGUAUGACAUAAUGGGCCACUCAGGUGACGGCUAUGACAUCGAACUGGUCCGAGUGGACAGAGUCCCCAAGAACAACAAGGAGAGGCUGAAAGUUCUCAAGACUAUGCACGCCCACUCUCAGUUUUGCAUGAGCGGCGACUACACGCUAGAGGGCACGGCGGCCAGCAUCAAGGAGCUGGCGCGGGAGGAGGCCGACGAACACUUUGUGGUGGUGCUGAGCGACGCCAACCUGGAGCGCUACGGCAUCCGUCCCGAACGCUUCGCCCAGGUCCUCACCUCGGACCCCCAGGUCCACGCCUUCGCCAUUUUUAUCGGGUCUCUGGGCGACCAAGCCGAAAGACUCCAAAAGACCCUUCCGGCUGGGAGAUCCUUCGUUGCUAUGGAUACCAAGCAGAUCCCCCAAAUACUGCAGCAGAUCUUCACAUCAACCAUGCUGUCCAGUGUCUGAGUGAUGGUGCCUCUGACUGAUCUCACACACACGCACAUACACAAACGCUCACUAAUUUAUUUUUGCAACCCAAAAGUCAAGUGCUCAGAUGGCCAAGCUUUCUCGGGAAUGAGCGAGGAAUGCCCCACCUGAGUGAGGACUCUCUUUCAAGGCCUCGGCUCAAGUCCUUGGCUGCCGUGUCAACACGCUCGGGCAUUUCCCCUCUGGCUGGUCGGCACCUCGGUCCUGCAGGGAAUCUGAGAUCUUAUUUCAUGGUCAGACCUCCCACUCUGUUUCCAUUUAGUAUCACUGUGACUUGUUGCAAUGUGCAUGGCUAUCAACUUUUCAACAAGUGCCACACAUUGUGACGUUUUUAUUUUAGAAAAACUAAAAUCUAAUGUCAAAGAAAUACUCAAUAUAUCAACCAGGAGUUUUGUCAUGAUAACAUUCUUUCUCGGGAGUUACUUGUUGCUAGGCAGAGUUGAUCACAACCCACAGUCCACUUUCUAUGGUGCUCGUCUUAAUUAGGGUCACGGGUGAGUCGGAACCUUUAUUGACACAUUUUGGUCACUGCUCUGGGUUGAAUAUCAAAUACUUUUUAACAAAGUGCCGUCAACAUCACAUUUGCCAUCACCACUGCGUGCUCUCAAUUAAGUCCGAUUGAGUGGAUCAAUAGAAACACAUUUGUUUUGAUUUUAUUUAACCUUAUGAAAUGUUUCUCAGAUUUGAACUUUUAAAGGAGACCACAAAUGAAGUAAUGUGUAUCAAGGAUACACAUACAGUAUAUUGUAUGCAAUUGUACAUACAGUGAUAGUAAAUACAAUAGAGGAUUUUAAUAAAAGAGUCAGUGUUAAAUCA